GCCGCCGCCGGGCUGCUGCUGUGGCGGGCGGCGCCCCGCGGGCUGCUGCCGGUGGCGGGCAGAGCCGUCCUUGUCACAGGAUGUGACUCAGGCUUUGGGCAGGCGACAGCCCGGCACUUGGACAUCAUGGGCUUUCGUGUGUUCGCCAGCGUGCUGGACCUGCAGAGUCCUGGCGCUCAGGAGCUGCGCCGGAGCUGCUCACCGAGGCUGACACUGCUGCAGAUGGACCUGACCAAGCCAGACGACAUCCAGCGUGUCCUGCAGCACAUCCAGGCCCACACCAACAGCACAGGACUCUGGGGCCUGGUAAACAAUGCUGGCUUCAAUGACACCAUCGCUGACGCCGAGCUCUCACCACUGUGCAAGUUCCGUGCCUGCAUGGAGGUAAACUUCUUYGGCUCCCUGGAGCUCACCAAGGGGCUGCUGCCCCUGCUCCGCUCUGCYGGCGGCCGCAUUGUCACCGUGAGCAGCCCAGCAGGUGACAUGCCCUUCCCCUGCCUGGCAGCCUAUGGAACCUCGAAGGCAGCCCUCAGCCUGCUCAUGGACACCUUCCGCAGUGAGCUCCAACCCUGGGGCAUCAAAGUCAGCCUCAUUCUGCCCGGCUACUACAAAACAGGGACAACAUGUGACCCUGCCUUCUGGAACGUGCAGAAGCAGCAGCUGUUGGCCAGUCUGCCUCAGGAGCUGCUGCAGGCCUAUGGUGAGGACUACGUAGAAGAGAUCAACCAGCAGUUCAUCCAGUUCAUGAAGGUGGCAGUGGAGGACCUCAGYGCAGUGGUGAACAGCAUCACAGAUGGGCUUCUGGCUGCCAACCCAGCUGUGCGCUACUACCCAGGGCAGGGCCUUGGGAUCAUGUAUUUCAUACACCGCUACCUGCCCUAUUUUGUCCGAGACUUGUUCUUGAAAGGAUUCUUCAUCAACCCCAAGCUGCCCCGAGCACUGCGUCGAGAGCACCACAACGACGUGAAGAAGGCCUGACCUYGGCCUGCACACAGCCUUUUCCUGGGAUUGCCAGGCACACCAGCCCCCAAGCAUUUGCGCAGCCAAAGGCACCACCCUCCUGCACUGUGGGGGAACAAUCAGCACUAGACAUUAAAAACCAAAAUUUCUUUCCAAAAUCAGGUAGAUCUAUUUUCUAUUGUCCAAGAAUCAACRUUUUCUAGAGACCUUGGUUUUGUAUUUUUUCUAACCAUGCAUCCUCCAAGAGGCCCAUCCCUGCCUGACURAGCAGCUCUGCAACCACAGGCUGGGAUGUACCUCCUCAGCUACUCACUACCUUCCUUACUGGUGUCAGAGCUGUUUGUCUCCAUCCCCUCUUGGCUGGGUCAGGGCUGGGACCCUGUGGCCUCUGCCUCCCUGCCGCUCAUUACACACUCCAUGUGCUCCCGGAGAGCGCAGGGGCUGAGACCAGGCUGCCAGUGCUGCAGAGCUCUUCGUGAGAUGAACUACGUGAUUGUCACUUUUUAAAUAAAUCCAUUCUUGAU